CUUCCCUCUCCUCUGCCCGUGUGUCGGCCCGGAUCCGGCGGCGCAGCCACCCAGCGGACUUAGGUGGACAAAAGCAAUCUUAGAAUUGGAACCCAAAGCCCAGAAUGGCAGAAGGGGACAUUGUGGGAGCCCCACCUGAUCACCUCUGGGUACACCAGGAAGGUGUCUACCGGGAUGAAUACCAGCGAACAUGGAUUGCAUUUGUGGAAGAGGAGACCAGUUUCGUUAGGGCUCGAGUGCAGCAGGUACAGGUACCCUUAAGUGAUGCAGUCAGGCCCAGUCAUCUCCCUCCCUCACAGCUACCACUAAUGUGGCAGCUAUACCCUGAAGAGCACUACCUGGAUAACAACUCUAGGAUAUGGGAGAUAGAGCACCACUUAAUGGUCAGGGGAGUUGAGGAGCUGUUGCUUAAGCUCUUGCCUGACGAUUAAUCUGGUGCUGGGAUUCUAGGAAGAUAUGUCCAUUUGUUGUGUACAUUAUAUGGGAAUCACUUCACCCAGCACUGAAGUGCAUCUACCUUUGGGGG